UGCCUACCAAAACACACGGCUGGAACAAAAUAUCCCCCACGAAAACAAACGGCGAGCCAACCGCAACCACCACUCGGCACCGGCUGGCCUGCGGCGCGCGCCAUGGCUGCCGUGACCAGCACCGCCUUCCUCUGCCCGGCCGCCGGCGGCCUCUCCCCCUCGCCGCCCUUCAGGCGCAAUCCCGGCAGCAGCAGCAGCCGCAGGAGGCUGCAGCUGCAGGUCUGCCACUGCCGCCCUGCUCGGGUAGAGGGGCUGGACCGGAGGGAGGCCUUGCUCGGCGUCGCCCUCUCCGCCGCCGCGCCGGCGCUCUUCGCCCCCGCGGCUGCUCUGGCGGCCGAGGCCACCGAGUUGCAGGAGGGCUUCACCACGUACGAGGAUGAGGCCAACAAGUUCAGCAUUGUGGUUCCACAAGGCUGGCUGAUCGGCGCCGGCGAGUCCAGCGGCAUCAAGUCCGUCACGGCGUUCUACCCCGAGCAGGCCGCCGACUCCAACGUCAGCGUCGCGAUCACCGGCAUCGGGCCGGACUUCACCAGCCUCAAGUCCUUCGGCGAUGUCGACGCCUUCGCCGAGGGCCUGGUGAACGGCCUGGACAGGAGCUGGCAGAGGCCGCCGGGGCUCGCCGCGAAGCUCAUCGAUUCCAAGGCGGCAAACGGUCUGUACUACGUGGAGUACACGCUGCAGAACCCCGGCGAGCGGCGGCGGCACAUCCUCUCUGCAAUCGGGAUGGCGUUCAACGGCUGGUACAACCGCCUCUACACGGUGACAGGCCAGUACAUCGACGACGAGGAGUCGGAGAAGUUCAGGCCUCAGAUUGAGAAGGCGGUUCGAUCGUUCAGGCUGACAUGAGAGUGCUUCGCACUGUGUAGCAUUCAGAGAUGCACGGUAUGCAGGUGGACGCCUGUAAAUUGACCAACUCGUCUUCCACAUUAUUAAGUUUUUUUUUAAGCAAGUCUCACGGUAUGUUGGAAAGUACAUUGCUACACCUCAACAAUCCCAUAGAUCGUCUCAUGUAAUGCCACAUAUAAUUUUUGCUGGUGUGGAGGAAGGAGGGUGAUGAGAGAAAAAGAGGUCGUUGUUUCGCGAAACAACUGCGAAACAACCGUCUCAUAGGCUAGAUUUUAGGACUACGAGAUGAUUACUCUACAAUUGUACGAGUUGUGGUUGCAUGCAACUCAUAAUAUUUUUUUUCUAUGCACAAAUUAAGGAAAUAGAAUUACUAUGAGACAACUUUAAAAAAUAACCUAUUGUACAAACAAUCUAUUGUACAAGUUGUUUGUUAAGUUGUCC